AUCAGUGUCAUUGAGAAACAUGGCGGCCUCCACGGGAGCUGCAGAUGCUGCUGGAUCAGAGCCUAAAGGUCCAGGUUCCUCGGUUCCUAGCAUGGGCAGUCCAACGAUCCAGUACAGCCUGGUUCUGGAGCAUCUGAUCGGGGAGAAGAGGCCCGUUAAAGAGCUGAACCCCGCAGUUAUGGGGGGUCUGCCGGUGCCUCCCAAAAGCGAGGAGCAGAAAAUGAUAGAAAGGGGAAUGGAGAGCUGCGCCUUCAAGGCUGUGCUGGCCUGUGUUGGAGGGUUUGUCCUCGGAGGAGCGUUUGGCGUGUUUACAGCCGGUAUCGAUACCAAUGUCGGCUUCGACCCCAAGGACCCCCUGAGAACCCCGACCGCUCGAGAAGUCCUUAAAGACAUGGGCCAGAGGGGGGUGUCUUACGCCAAGAACUUUGCUAUUGUGGGCGCCAUGUUCUCCUGCACCGAGUGCAUCAUAGAAUCGCACAGAGGUAAAUCAGACUGGAAGAAUGCGGUGUACAGCGGCUGCGUGACCGGAGGGGCUAUAGGGUUUCGUGCCGGUCUGAAAGCUGGGGUCCUCGGAUGUGGUGGAUUCGCUGCAUUCUCUGCAGCCAUUGAGUAUUACUUACGAUGAAGAGCUGUGGAGCAGCCGUAUGGAGAAGAACCUUUUUUUUUUUACAUGGACCUGCUGCUGCGGAACCAAAUAUAAAGAAAGGAAAACAAAUGAACUAUGGCUUUAGUAGCACCGCAGGGACCUGAUCAACACUUAUAGGGGAUAUUCCCCUGUUUAUUUGUACAGAAUCUCACAAGCAGAGACUUCUGCACCCAGGUUAUGGUGAUGAGGCCACCGCUGCUCAAGCAGCGCUGUUAAGUUACAGGUCUGUUGUAGGAAUUAACAGGAUGUCUUCUGUAGAUUUAUUUAAAUUAAAACAUUUAUUUUCAAUAAGUAAUAAAUGUAAUAAUUCCUGCUUUAAACUCACAGUAAAAGUUGAAGGAAAUCAGAGAUUCCUACAGCUUCCUUCAGCAACGUGGGACCUGUGAACGUAUGGCUGCUUUAAAGGCUGCAGUCGGUGUCUGUGUGCUCCUAACUGAAUAAAAGGAGAAUAAUCAGGUUUUA